AUGAGCUCGGAGGUUUUAGUGUCACGGCCACACUUUGACAGCAGAGCUGUGGCCCAGGGAGUCCUGGAGAAGGAGGCUCCUGUAGAACUGGAGGUCCCGCAGCCGUCCUUGGGCUCAGCCACUGCGGGUUACCGCUCCGCUAAAUACACCCCGGCUGAGUGGUUCUCCAAAUACUACAGUAUCCUCCAGCAGGCAGAGUCCGACCAACACGAAGCCCGGAGAAUCCAGCGGGGGUCCAAAACUCUGAACCAGGAAACUGAAGCUGCCACUUUGAGGACACAGGCUGAGGGAACAAGUCAUCUGGGGGAGAGACUCCAAGAGAUCCACCACUGGAAGUCUGAGCUGCAGCGGCACAUCGACCAGCUGCAGGCCGAUACUGAGUCACUGCUGGCGCUGAAGACGCGGCUGGAGAGGGCGCUGGACGCCACCGAGACUCCGUACGCCAUCGCCACCGAUAACCUGAAUUGCAGGACAAGAAGACUGGGAGCAGACCUGGUCAAAGACACAGUGGAGGAGGAACUGUUAAAGGAAGUGGACUUGAUCAGGAGCAUCCAGGCUCUUCUGAAGAGAACCACAGCUCAGGUUGUCAGUCAGAUCAAAAUGAAUCGAGAGGCUAAGCAGAUGCUCGAGUUGGACUGGUCUGAUAAGUUCCAGGCCUACAACUUUGAUGAGCACAGUGGGAGAUACACUAACAUGAGUCCAGAUACACAGCAUCAGCCCAGCUCAGCUGCUAUGCAGGACCAGAUGUGUAACCGUGCGUCAUGGACAAAGUUCACACAGGACAACCUGUUUAAGGCCUUGCAGGAGGAACAAGCCACUAACAGUCUCAGAGUGCUGAUGGAGCAAGUGCUGCUGGACACCACUGAUGAUCUGAGAGUCCAGUGCUCCAAUGUGGACCGAGCCUUCAGCCAGCGCUGCGUGGAGCUGACAGAGGCCAAGACCCAGCUAGAGAUGAGGCUCACACAGACCUUGGAGCAGAUUGGGGCCCAGGAGAGGAACAUUGUAGUUCUGCAGCAGGCCAUCCACAACAAGGAGGCUCCACUUCGAGUAGCUCAGUCCAGACUGUACCUUCGCUCCCUCAGACCCAACAUGGAGCUCUGCAGAGAUGAACCCCAGCUCAGUUUGGAAGGGGAGGUGAGGCAGAUUGAUGCCACCCUGGCAUCUCUGCACCAGCAGCUGAGCGAAGCCAGAAGUUCCCUGUCCUACAUGGAGGAGUCCCGCAUGGCCCUAGAGAAGGACAUAACGUGUAAAACCAACUCGCUGUUCAUCGAGAGAGACAAAUGCAUGACUCACCGUAAACGCUACCCAACAAUCUCCACACUGUCAGGAUACUAA